CCUCAAUUAGUAUUAGAUUAUUUUUAACGUCGUCGAAUUCCUUGCAUACAUACAGAAUUGUAUCUGAUUCAGGGGUAAGUAUUAAUGUACCCAUGUACCCAGGUAUCCCCCAAGCACGAAAAAGGGAGAACGUAGCUGGCCGAGUCAAUGACCUCAUGAACUCCGUGACAAUAAAAUAACAUUUCUCUUAUGAGAUCAUCUAGAUAUACUCUUUGACCAUAUUUACCCAGGUAACUUCGAUCUUCUCAUGGCGCCUAGUCAAUUGAACUAUUUCACCUGCACCCUAGGGCAAGCUUCCUCUUUGAAGAGGGGAUACGCUGACGGCGGAAAAUCAUUCAAGACGGUGAUUACAUUGAUCGAAGGACAAGCAAAAAAUCUUCCUAAUUCGCCCGCUCUUGGAAUAGCGAAUCAUACGCGCAUAAGUUCAGCUAAUUGGCCUCCUGAACAAGUGACCUUCUUGGAACUCAGCAACUUGUCCAUAUCAGCAGCUUCGAUCUUAAAGAAUGUUAUAGAACUCCGAGAGGAAAGCGAUGAGCCGCCUACAAUCGGGUUAUUAUGCGCCAGUGGAAUUGAUUUCGUCUUAGCAUGGCUAGGUCUCAUGCGAUUGGGAUGUAGAACAUUUAUUCUCGCUCCUCAACUUGAAUACCCAGCGCUGCAUCAUCUCUAUACAAAUUCUGGCAUGAAAACAGUUCUCGUUGAUGAAGCGCAAGAUAAAAGAGUGGGGCGUUUCAACGAGGUCAACACAAUCAGGAUCCCGUCGUUUCGAACUUGUCGCAACGAAAAUAAUGAUCAUAACGGUAAUAAACUGCUUAACAAAGAAGAUUCGAAGAUAGCUUAUAUACGACAUACUUCGGGGACAUCAUCCGGCUUGCCGAAACCGAUUUUCCAGACUCAGUGGGGAGCAGUGGGUUGCUUACCAUCGUUUCGGCGUGAAGACCAGCCCGCCACGUACACGACUACGCCUCUAUAUCAUGGGGGCCUCGCAGACUGCUUCAGGGCUUGGACUAGCGGAGCGAUGAUUUGGCUAUUUCCCGAGGGCGUGGUGCCGAUCACAGGGACCAACAUUGUUCGUUCGGUAAACUAUGCCCGCGAAAGAAGUUCAGUCCUUGUACAAUAUUUUUCGUCCGUUCCCUACGUACUUCAAUCAUUAGCCGAAGAACCAGAAGGUAUCUGCGUCUUGAGGAGUAUGGACUUAGUCGGCGUUGGCGGCGCCGCUUUAGCCCCUUCUGUCGGCGAUAGGGUAGUCGACCUGGGUGUUAGGCUCAUUUCGCGAAUGGGUAGCGCCGAAUGUGGUUUUCUCAUGUCAUCGCAUCGCGACUACGAUGAAGAUAAGGACUGGCAGUACCUACGACCAAUUGAGGAUCCUGAGCUUUUAUCUUUUGAAGGGAGAGCUGAUAGGUUAUCUGAACUAGUGGUCAAGUCUAAGUGGCCGCUAAUAUCAAAGACGAACCGCGACGACGGUUCGUAUGCCACUGCUGACUUAUUCGAAAAACACCCGUCUACCACGAAUGCGUGGAGAUAUCAUAGCCGGUCGGACGCUCAAAUCACUUUAGCCAAUGGGAAAAAAUUCGAUCCCUCGCUACUGGAGGAACAUGUUAAGGCAUCAAUACAUUCAGUAAGAGAUGUUUUGGUUUUCGGGGCGGGAAAAGAAUGCGCAGGUGCCUUAAUAUUCAAGACUUUGGCAAACCUCUCGGACGAAGCAUUCAUUGACACAAUCUGGCCCCAUGUGCAAAAACUAAAUUUGGAGGUGCAAAGUCACUGUCGCUUGGAUAAGUCAAUGUUAAUACCCGUUGAAACAAGGGAGGAUGAAGAACCUCUUCCGAAGAGUAGCAAGGGGACCAUAUUAAGGCGGCAAGCUGAGGCUCGGUACGCCGAUAUAAUUGAUGGGACCUAUUCCGACACAAGGAUUAGUUAUACGAGCACACGGGACAUAUCCGACACGGAUGUCUCCUCCACACUCCUCAGCUUGUUCAAUCAAGUUCUAGGCCGAGAAAUUGACCCUCACCAGGAUAUCUUUCAGCAAGGGGUCGAUUCAAUCGCAUGCAUCCAGAUUAGAAAACUUAUUGGAUCUCAGAUCCUACCCGAAGGUGUUUCCGGGUUGCCGAUAAACAUUAUCUAUGAUAGUGGGAAUGUCGACGCAUUGGCUAGAGAUUUAAUUCGGAUACGCAAGGGAGAUGACCCUUACUGCUCACAGAGCGACGUCGGUGAUCGGAGAUUAAUGAAAGAACUCUCCGAAAAAUACGGAUCUUACGAGGCGGACAGCGCAGACGUAGUUAAGAAAGAACGCGACGUAAUUGUACUUACGGGAGCCACUGGGGCACUUGGAGCACAUAUAUUAUCGGCGUUAUUUAUCAACCCCGGGGUCUCUAAGGUAUACUGUCUGGUUCGCGGACAGACGCAGAACGCAUCUCGAGAGCGUGUAUUGAAGGCAUUGUCAAAACGUGAGUUAUUAGGACCGUGGGAUUCAGUUGGAUUGCAAGUUUUCGAUGACAAGGUAGUCUGCCUCCCUUGCCGGCUUCCUGACCCCCAUCUGGGUCUCCCCAACAAGGAAUGGACACGCAUCGUGGUAGAAGCCACAAUCUUCAUACAUACGGCCUGGACCGUCAAUUUCAGUCUUCGCCUUAUGUCAUUUGAGGGUCAUAUAAUUGGGACCCGUAACAUGAUCAAUGCGGCUGUUUUAAGUGGCGCAAAAUUCUUUUUCAUCAGCUCAACGGCGGCAGUGAGUUCUGAUCCAUCAGCAGUCAUUUCUGAGAAGUUAUCUUCGAAUCCAUCACAUGCAUCCUCGCUUGGUUACUCAAGGUCUAAGUGGGUUGCAGAACAAGUCUGUUCCAAAGCUUACGAAUGCUUUUACAAGGAUAGCUCAUCCGGAGAUGCAAGAAAUACAGGAGUUUCGAUUAUCCGUGUCGGUCAACUCUGCGGGAAUGAAGCGGGUAUAUGGAAUCCGAGCGAAGCUUAUCCGCUGAUGAUAUCGACAGCUGGAAUUACAGGUUGUCUUCCAAACUUACCGAAAGAAACUCUCAGCUGGUUACCGGUAGACAAGGCGGCGAAGGCUGUUCUAGAAAUUGUAUUACCAGGUAAUAAUAACCGAGAGUCAACUCGCUCAAACAUGCCCGUAUAUCAUGUCUUGAACCCACACAAAUCACCCACAUGGAAUCAACUACUUGAUUGGGUUUCAGAAACCCUAAAGGACCCUGAAUUUCAAGUAGUUGAGCCUGCGGAAUGGCUACAGUGUUUAGAACAGGCUCUUGAUGGAUCGCAGUCAAGACAUCCAUGCCAAGCUCUCUUAGGAUUGUGGAGACGCAGGUAUGCCCACGCGACAGAAGUAUCGAGCAGUAUGAGCAGAGAUGAUUCUCCUGCAUUUGAUAUAACUUCAACUUCGCGAUUAUCUGAGACAAUAAGAGAAAUUCAACCUUUAACUUGCGAAAGGGUGAGAAAGAUGUGGGUCUGGAUCCAGAAGAAUGUCGGGGAAGAAAGUCCAAAGAACUUUGACAAGAGCAAGACAAAAUAACCUCAUGUUACACAGUAAUAUACACGCACUUGUAACUUAUCAUAUCUUCAGUAACUCACUGGAGUUCCGAUAUACAAGGUAUAAUAGAG